AUGAUUGCUGAUCUGAGCCGGACGGCGACGAAUAACGAGCAGGAGGAGAGUCCCAUGAUCUUCGAGAGAGAUGUGGAGGAUCCAUGCAUGAUGAACUCCACCUCUACAAUCUCGAGACAGACUUCUAACACCAGCUUGUUGCAUACUACUUCGAACCAGCGGAAGUACUCCACUAACAGUAACACUGGAUUAAACUUAUACUACACCCAUACUGUAUCCUCCUCCCCACAAGUGCCUAACAGCAGCAGCAACAGCAAUAAUAAUAACCAAAUUAGCAAUGCAUCCGAAUACCAGAAUAACUUCCCCAAUAUAUCAAAGUCCUCUACCAAUGUCUCUAUGGACAACUGUGUAGAACAGGAGGUGAUCUAUCAGAAUCCCAUGAACCAUAGGAGAACUUUGGAAAAUUUUGUCCCACCAGCACUGGACGAAGGUUGUUCUAUUGUGACAGAUGAUGCCACAGACUUGGAAGAUGUUGAUAUGGUAUUUGUGCAAUCCAGAAAGCCUUCGACUCUGGGCUUAGAUAUGGCUCUUGGAAGGACUAGGAGCAUGUCGACAUUGAAACCAUUGAGUAACGGCGAUGAACUAUCUAAUGUGCCAUCAAACAGCUCAGAACAAUCCACUAGCCCUAGAUUAUUCAGAUUCUAUUCUUACGCUGACAUGUUGUCUGAGGAUAACUACUUGCAUAAUAAGCAUACAACAAAGAGGCCAUCUUUUACCCACCAUUCUCUGAGCUCCAAUGUCCUUCAGAAAUCAAAAACCGCAGGACAACCUACAAACCAUUCAGCUUCUAAUUUGAUCGGUACUUCUCCGCCAAAGACACAGAGCUUCGUCAACCCCUUUAUCAUAUCAAGAAGAUAUUCAAGCAACGCAGGCCCUAUACAGACAGCCACUGUACCUAUCCCUACAGCACCAGGUGCAGUUGGGAGCAGAUCGCAAUCAAACUUGUUAAGGCAAGGCUCAUACAAUACCCUUUCCCCAAACAUGACGCCAAUGUCAAACAAUAGUACCCCAAGUGCAGGCAACAUCGGGAACAACAAUAAUAACUUCAAUAAUAAACCAGCAGAUAGGUUCAUGAGAACUAGUCAAAGACCUGCCAUUUUUAAGAACUACAGUGCUAGUGGUCUUAGCGAAGUUGGCUCACCAACGAGUCCAACAUUAAGCCUCAGCACCAGCCCUAGAAUUGGCCCUAACUCGAGAUCAUUAACUACAUCUCCACCUUCAGUAACAUCGCCAAUGAUGAUUAAGAGCGGUAGGUCAAAUUCUGCUAAUAUAAUGGGGACGUCCUCUAGGUCUCCUAGGUCAACAACUGGUGACAAGUACAAAAUAAGCACAGUUUCUGCCAGACGAAAAACUGAUCAGCUAAAGAAAAAUCUUACGAAAUUCCAUAUCGAAUCCAGUGGCAGUGAGGGUUACUCAACUGAUGAAGAAUACGAUGGCGAAACUAGUUGCACAAGUGGUAAGGAUGCCAAGAAAAAGAGUAUAGAUAGCAAUGUUUUUGACGAUGAUGAUAAUGAUAGUGACAACGAACAAUCGAGUGGUCAUAAAUCAGCAGAUAAUGAGGUGGAUCCUCUAAGUGAGGAUUUAAAUGGAAACGGACAUACAUUUUUUCCAUCAAACAUCAAGAUUAACAAAGAAAAACUACAAAAGAAUUUAAUGUCAUCCUUUGAGAAGUUCCAAAGCUCAAAAAUUUGGAGAAAUUCUAUUGGUGGAACGAACUCACCCAAACAAAAUUCAAAUUCCUCACAUAAUACAAAUGAAACUCCAACCAAUUCUCAUCCAAAUUCCUUCUUAAGACAAUCUAAUAACUCCAACUCAUGUUCUACAAUUACGGCAGUAAUCAAUGAAGCUAACUCAGGGACUACCUCAAUCCCGAAGGCAACAAAAUCUGUCUCAUCGACACUGGAAGAAUAG